AUGAGGGCUGAGAUGCAUAAGACUCGGGAGUUGGCAAAUUUGGCUAUCACUGCUAACACUCCUCUUCCAAACAACGAAAGACCUCCGCUCCAUUUCCCUACUCCUAAUCCAACACCCGAAUAUUUCCCACAAAAUCCACCUAUUGUUCCAGUCCAAAAGGCCCCAACUAUCGAAUUAAACACAACUAACCAACAUCAUGCUAGCUCUUCCUACCAAACACCUCAUCCAUCUCAAAGCCUAAAUUCUCACAACUCUCAAGCAUUUCCUUCCAUGUACCAAAAUCCUCCUCAAAACACUUCAAACCCACCUACUACUCAACCCCUACCUACAAAAGCCACUUUCCAUAUUCCAAUCCUCACAGAACCACAUCUUCACUACACUACAUAUCCCGAACCCGAUCACUAUGAGGAAAAGGAAAAAGAGUGGAGGGUCAAAGAGGAAAUGAAUAAGCAGAGGCUAAACUAUGAAGACUUGUGUAUCCAUCCAAACUUAGACCUUCCCGAGGGGUUUAAGGUACCAAAGUUUGACAGUUUUGGAGGAACUGGGAAUCCAUUAGCUCAUUUAAGGGGGUAUUGUGACCAGCUCGUAGGAGUUGGGAAAAAUGAAGCAUUGUUGAUGCGGCUCUUCAGCCGAAGUUUGAAUGGAGAGGCCUUAGAAUGGUUCGCCUCCCAAGACAUGAAGCAAUGGCCUAGUUGGAAUGCUUUAGCUAAAGAUUUUAUUGAGAGAUUUGCUUAUAAUGUAGAGAUCGUUCCAAAUCGAUACUCCUUGGAAAAGAUUAGGCAAAAUCCACCGAAAACUGCCGUGAAUAUGCAUACAUGUGGAGAAAAGAGGCUGCCAGAGUUCAACCUCCCAUUGCCAAAGAAAGGCCUUACCAAGAAAGAGUUUGUGAUCGAGACCGCUACUGCCCAUGGUAUGACUAGAUCUGGUAGAUGUUAUACACCAGAAGAAUUGGCUCAAGGAGGCCACAAGAGAGACCACCAGAAAAGACCAAUCAGUGAAGAUGAAGCCGAGGAGUUUUGGCGGAGAAUGCAGCCUAAAGAGUAUUUCAUCAUGAAACAUUUGGAGAAGACACCUACUCAAAUUUAUGUGUGGGCAUUAUUGAUGAGUUCACAACAACACAGACAUGCUUUGUUAAAGGCUUUGAAUGAGACUCACGUACCGGUGGGGACAAACAGCGAUAAUCUCACAACCAUGGUAAGUAAAUUCAUCGGAGGCCAGCGUGUUAGUUUUAGCGAUGAAGAGUUGCCUUGUGACGGGGUGAUGCAUAACAAAGCCUUUCACAUUACAAUCAAGUGCCAUGACAAGAUUGUGAAUCGUGUUCUGAUAGGUGACGGAUCUGGACUUAAUAUUUGCCCAUUGUCGACUCUCAAGCAACUGAAUUUUGAUCUUGGGAAGAUUCGUCAGAACCAAGUCAAUGUGAGAGCUUUUGACGGGGGUCAAAGAGAAACAUUGGGCGCUGUUAGUCUGGGUAUUGGAGUAGGACCUGCAGAUUUCAUUGUCGAGUUUCAGGUGAUGGACAUCACCACUAGCUACAACCUUUUACUCGAAAGACUUUGGAUCCAUAUGGAUGGGGCCGUGCCCUCUACCCUCCAUCAGUUAAUGAAGUUUGUGUGGAACAAUCACGAAGUAGUCAUUCAUGGUGAAGGAAGACAUUCGAAUGACUAUGCCCCAAUUGUCGAUGAUGUGGCUAGAGGUUCUGACUUCUAUACAGUAGAGAUAGUGAAUGCUACCGAUGAUGAUUUGGCCUCACAUCCCCCUAUGCCUUCCAUUUACAGGAUGAUAGCUACUUUGAUGUUAAGAAGUGGAUUUGAACCUGGUUUUGGAUUGGGAAAUUUUUUGCAAGGUAUCACUGAGCCUAUUCAAAUUUUCACAAAAAGUUCAAAGUUUGGCUUGGGAUACAUCCCAAUAGCAGAUGAUGAGACGGGAGCUUCGAGUAACAAGGUGGUUGAUUGGGAAUUAGCAAAAUCGGUACCUCAUUUAUACCAGUCUUUUCCAGUGCGAGAAUAUUUCAAUAAUGAUGGUCUCGGAGAGGGAAUCGAGAAUCUUUUUGAAGAAUCUGAUGUUGUGCUUGAGGAGAUAAUCAAGACAUCUGGCAUUCGAAAUGCCAAACCAGAAGAGCAAGUGCCUAACUGGACAUCCACACAACUCCUGUUUGAGAAUCAAGAUAAGUUAAAUUUAGAGGAGACUGAGACCGUGAACCUGGGAGAUGAAGAAAGUGUUAAAGAAACCAGGAUCAGUGUCCAUCUCACAGAAACUCAAAAAGAAGAACUCAUCAGUUUGCUUCAACAGUACAUCGAUGUACUUGCUUCGUCUUAUGAUGAUAUGCCUGGAUUGAGCACAAAUAUUGUUUCUCACACGUUGCCGAUCAAUCCAGAUUUCAGUCCGAUAAAGCAGAAAAGUCGAAAGUUCAAGCCAGAUUUGAGUUUGAGAAUCAAAGAAGAAGUUACCAAACAGAUGCAAGCCAAGGUUGUAGAGGUUACUAAGUAUCCAACUUGGUUAGCCAAUAUUGUUCCAGUGCCUAAGAAAGAUGCCAGUCACAAACACAAUUUUCCAUUGCCGAAUAUCCACAUUCUCAUUGACAACUGUGCUAAGCAUGAAAUGCAAUCAUUUGUGGAUUGCUUUGCGGGUUAUCAUCAGAUUUUGAUGGAUGAAAGAGAUGCUGAAAAGACGGCUUUCAUUACACCAUGGGGUGUUUAUCAUUACCGGGUAAUGCCAUUUGGUCUUAAGAAUGUCGGGGCCACAUAUAUGAGAGACAUGACAGUUAUCUUCCAUGAUAUGAUCCAUAAGGAGGUUGAAGUAUACGUGGAUGACGUAAUCAUCAAAUCCCGCAAGAGUUCAGAUCACUUGACCCAUUUGAGAAAGUUCUUUGAUCGGUUGCGUCAAUACAACUUGAAGUUGAAUCCCGCUAACUGUGCUUUUGGAGUACCCGUUGGUAAAUUAUUGGGUUUCAUAGUUAGUAGAAGAGGCAUUGAACUUGAUCCUACCAAAGUCAAGGCUAUUCAGGAUUUACCGCCUCCAAAGUCUAAGAAAGAAGUUAUGAGUUUCCUUGGAAGAUUGAACUACAUCAGUCGAUUCAUAGCUCAAUCCAUGGUAGUUUGCGAGCCCAUCGUUAAGUUGUUGAAAAAAGAUGCACUAACGGUGUGGACCGAAGAGUGUCAAAAAGCUUUCGAUACUAUCAAAGAUUAUUUGACAAAUUCACCAAUAUUGGUACCUCCGCGAGAAGGAAGUCCAUUGUCACUAUAUUUGUCCGUCUCAGAAAAUGCGUUCGGGUGUGUAUUAGGACAACAUGAUGAAACUGGAAAGAAGGAACGCGCGAUCUACUAUCUUAGCAAGAAGUUUACUCCAUAUGAGGCUCGGUACACUCUAUUGGAAAGAACAUGUUGUGCUUUGACUUGA